AUGCUGGCAGGAGGGCGGGACAGGGAGGGGCGGAGCUUCCAGAACAAAGGAGAACGGGAGCCCUGGGGGCCCAGGCUAGGCAUCAAAAAGGCCCUGCGGAGCAAGCAGGCCACAGCCACACCUGCCUCUGCACCCAGCACUCAGCCAACCGCCCUCCCUGCACCCUUCUGCUUGCCCAAAGCCGGGCAAGUAAGCAACACUCAGCUCCGAGAGACCUCAUCCUCCAGCGUGAUUGCGCCGACACUGCUCUGUGGCUUUCUCUAUUUGGCGUGGGUUGCUGCUGACAGUCCAGAACAGAGCAGAGGAAUGGCUGGGAGCGGAGCCAGGAGCCAGCAGGGCCGCCGGGAGCACGCCUUUGUCCCGGAGACUUUUGAUGGAGCCAACGUAGCCCCGAGCCUCUGGCUGCACCGCUUCGAGGUCAUCGAUGACCUCAACCAUUGGGACCAUGACACCAAGCUAAGGUUCCUGAAAGAGUCCCUCAGGGGAGAUGCCCUGGAGGUCUACAGUGGACUUAGUCCCCGGGACCAGGGAGACUAUGGGACUGUGAAAGAGACCCUCCUGAAGGCCUUCGGGGACCCUGGGGCCACCCACCGCCACCUGCCUAAAGAGAUCGUCUUUGCCAACAGCAUGGGUAAGGGCUACUACCUCAAGGGGAAGAUUGGCAAAGUGCCCGUGAGGUUCCUGGUGGACUCUGGUGCCCAGGUCUCUGUGGUCCACCCCAGCUUGUGGGAGGAGGUCACUGAUGGUGAUCUGGACACCCUGAGGCCCUUUGAGAAUGUGGUGAAAGUGGCCAAUGGGGCUGAAAUGAAGAUCCUGGGCAUCUGGGACACAGUGGUGACCCUAGGCAAGCUGAAGCUGAAGGCGCAGUUCCUGGUAGCCAACGCCAGUGCAGAAGAAGCCAUCAUUGGCACCGAUGUGCUGCAGGACCACAACGCUGUCUUGGACUUCGAGCAUCGCACGUGCACCCUGAAAGGAAAGAAGUUCCGCCUUCUGCCCGUUGGAGGGUCCCUGGAGGAUGAGUUUGACCUGGAGCUUAUAGAGGAGGAGCCCUCAGAGGAGGGGCGGCAGCAGCAGUCCUUUUGAGAAUCUCCCUUUUUCUUACCUCCCAAAUAUUGGUGGGAAGAGCUACCAUUGUGUGGGGGGGCAUAUAUCCUCAGGAGAGCCACUGGACUUGGCCAAUCCUCCAAAGUCAACUCUUGCCCUCCCUUUCGCUUUCCUCCCUCUGCAGGGGCCUUAAUCUGCCCCUGGGGGGGGAGGCGUCCAUUGAGAAGGCACAGGUGAGGGAGAGGGUCCCCGCAGUCAUCAAGCUGCUAUUGGUGGCAAAGACUUGAAGGCUGGAAGAAGCUUCCAAGGAAGCCAGAAGUGUUUGUCUUUGAGAGAGGACUGGGGGGGCCCCUUCAGGUCCCCUGAAGUAUGGCUUGGUCACCUUCAGGUACACGAAGCCUGUCUCAGCUGGUCUGGGGCCUGACUGCAGGGUCCUCAGGAGCCAGACCGAGCUCUUGGAUGGGGGUCACAGUGACUCUGGGAUGCCUUCCUGAUGAGUCUUCCCACCUGCGCAAUGGUAUGUUUCCUUCUGUCAUUUGCUUUGAACCGAUUGAGCCUUGUGCCAAUAAUUCAAUGACCUCAAAACCAAUAAAGAUUGAUUCAUGGAAAAAA